AUGAGCACGUAUUGGCUCAACGCGUUUCUCGCCGCUUCGAUGCUCGCCGUCGUCGUGUUCUCGUGCGCGCCGCCCGGAUUCGUGCAGAGCAACGAUCCGGCGCAAGUCGGCGCCCGCUGCUCCGAUCUCAUUCUCUAUCCCGUCUCGGCCGUCGAUCAAACCGAUCAGUAUAGAUUCGACUACAGCGACGUCUCGUUCGGCAACACUCACGCACAAGGCGCCACCGUCGCCAUCACGUGCACCACCGGCGGACAAGCGGCCACCGUCGAAGGCUACGAUCAACAACGCGCUUCCAUCUCGGCGGCGCCGUCCCUUCUCGCAACAUGCACAAACGUCGGCGGUAGUCAGUACACGUGGACGAUUCUCGGCCGAAUUCUGCAAUUCGUCGAUUGCCGCUUCUAG